AUGUAUAUUGAGAGGUUGUUUUAAUAUUUUCUUGAAAUCGGACAUAAGGCUACAAUUCACUAGUGCCGGACUAAGAGGGCCUCUUUGACAAAAUUCCUUAAUAGAAGUCCAUUGCGCCAAACAGUUCACCAGACUAGUAACCCACCGCCCAUGGCGAAUUGAAAGGGGAGCCAAAUUUCUAUUCAGAAUGGCCGACAAAGAUGCUUAUGUUAACGAUGGGGGUCACAAGGUGCAAGUUAGCCCCGCCUCCGCCAGUAUCGAGGAUGACCUGAAACUCAUUCGGGACGCUGCCCGUUCGCUGCCGCCAGAGGCCUUGAAAGACUUAUUGUCCAACGGAGUAUGUGGGCGAUGCAUCUUCUGGCUAUUCAGUAUUCACCGGCACAUCCUUCAUUGUCCUUCGAUUUCCAGCUCGGUUCUGAGUGCAAUUCUUCGGGAAUCAGCAGAAACCGAGGGAGAUGUAGCCGAUCAUCCAAAUAAUCUGAAUUCUGUUGAAGAAUUCGAGGAAGUUGAAGUUUGUAAAAACUGUCUCGGCAUCAUGCAGUUUGUCUACCGCGAUGCCAAGGAAAUGUUGGCAAAAAAAGCUUCUGCUAUCGAUUUUGCCACAACAAUUGCCGAUGUUGUAAAGCUAGAGUGCCAUCAAAUUGAAAAUUUCUCUCUUGAACUGUCACUGCCCUCAAUUAUUGUGGAUAAUGAAGAAGCAAUUUGGUUGUAUAUGAAAAAGACAUACGAGUCCAAACCCUGGUACCGUGAAAAGUUUCCAUCUCGAAGCAUCACCAUUAAAGAAUUUUUAAGAUUGUCCCUGACACAUCCUCUUGAAAUUUUGUUGGAUGUGAAAUCUAAUCCAAGCUCUUUCCAUAUUCGUUUGACGUACAAACUCUCUGAUGCAUCACAAAAUGGGCAGCUUAUUAGCAAGGGGAAUGAAUGCAAUAAGAGAAGAAAAAUAGAUGACAAUGAUGACUUGAAGAAGCAUGCUAAUGUUCAUAAAGUUGAAGAACAUGAAGAACGUAAAAAUUCUUCAAAUGAGUUGGGUGAUCACAAGCUUGGUUGCUUAACAUUCUCUCUGGAGAAGGUCAGUCGAUGCUGCUCCUUGAUCAUCCAGUGCUACAGAAAUUCUAUCUACAUUGGUGGGAGAUAUCUUAAGUACUCGAGAAAAGUCAGCCAGACACGUUGGAUUAUUGAUGAUGAAAGGAUGGGAGAAGCAUCUGUCGAGGAAAUUGUUGGAGGCACCAUCCUUCCCAUAUGCCAGGGUGACAGUUAUAAAUUUCAUGCUGCAGGCAGAGAGGAUAUUGAUGUUCGGAUGCUGGGUACUGGGCGGCCUUUUCUGGUUGAGAUCCAAAAUGCACGCCAAGUUCUUUCCGAGGCGCUAAUAAAAGAUAUAGAAACAAAAAUAAAUAGCACAGAAACCAAAUAUGUUAGGGUAAAGAAUCUCAAGGAAUCUGGUAGUCAGGGGUGGGCACUGAUGCACGAAGGAGAAGCAGAGAAGCAGAAGCAGUACGUUGCAGUUGUUUGGAUUUCUCGUCCACUUGAUGACAAUGAUGUGGAGACACGACUGUUUCUUGACCAGGCUGGAACAUACAUCAAGGAAUUUGUUCACGGGGAUCUUGGACGCACACAUCCUAGUAUUGGUUCGAUUCUCGGAUGCAGAGCAGAGAUAUUGCAACUUGAUGUGACAGAUGUGAAGAUGGACUCCUUCCAGAUUUAAACUUGGCCACUUCGUGCUUCUGUCUUGAGAUGAAGACCUUGUUUCCUUGCUAUUUUUUUUUUUUUUUUGAUGACUCAGGUGUCCGAGUUUUGCCUGACUAAUCUUAAGGAGUGACGGUCUUCCCCCCUACCUUGUUUCCAUUCUUUUUUUGAAUUGAGUUUGUUCUUUCACUAUUAAAA